CUCCAGCGUUCGUUCACUAUAUGUCCACAAGUUGUUGCUGUCCGUUUUUCUAGGUUCACCGGAUGCCUCGUGUUGUGCUGAUCUCUCUCUCCGAUGUGAUCUGCUGCUACUCACGCCGUCUAGAUAUUGUGAGUGUGUUCGUCUGAUGUGAUACCAAAAAGAGUUGUAGACUCGGUACUCUUUAGUGCACCCAUCUAUUCCACAAACCAGACGGAAAUCUGGACUACGACUAUGUGCAGAAUUUAUGUGACUCAAUAAAGAUUUGAGAGUAAGAGCCACAAACACAUAACAAAUUAUGCAGCGCCAAAUCAUUUUCUCCGGUAAAAUCAAAGCAAGCUUUUGUAGCGACCUCAAAUAAAACAGAAGAGAUGUUGAGUUUAAAACUAAUGUCAAAUGUAUCUUUCAACGGUAACCAAUUAACUACGUUAAAGCCUUAAUAACUACUGUAACGUUCUUAACGUGCCAAAUUAAAAACGUACAAGGAAAUAAGAAAAACGCGCGAGCGUGCAUGCGCAACAGUGCGUCGAUCCUGUGACGUGUUAACGUUUUGAAAUACGCAUGCGCAAUCAGCGCGCAAAAGUGCAGCAAGGAAACGAAUGCACUUCCUCCCGCCAGUUUCUCACGAUGGACGGACUCGAUGAAGUUGCGAUUUGUACUCUAAAAGCUGCUAACAUUGGGGAAGACAUUUUACCAACUCUCACACGGGAUGAUAUACGAGAUCUCUUUCCUGGUCCUGAGCACUUCCUGCGACGCAAAGCCAUUUGGCUUAUUGUUCAUAAGGAAGAACAGGAGCACACCAUUCCUGUUGAACCCCAAGGUUCAUCAGCUGAUGAUGAACAUAAUGGAAGUCCAAAAACAGAUGACCCCAGCACUUCAAAGUUUUUGAAGUUACCCAGCCCAGAAUACGUUCUCUUCACUGAUAGUGAACUACAACAUGUGAGACGUGCAUACUUCGAGCAGCAACGUCUUGGAAAAGAGGGUGAAGUCACCUUAUCAAAGGAGCUCUUCUGCCGACUCAUCCGAAAUACCAUGACAAAUAUGAUAUCUAUUGCAAGAGCCUCUUCAGAUGACUACAAAUAUCCCACUAAACAUGAAGUUAUUGCCAUGGCAAAGCGGUUAGUGGAAUACUACCCUAUGAUAAAAGAUAAGUCAACUGGAUCAAGUCAUGAGUGGGACACUGUUGCCAAAAAGCUCUUGAAGCGACUUUCAAAUAUCCGAAGUCCUGUGAAGGCCAAACACCCUCCAUCCAAGAGAGUACGUCUGAAUGAAGUACCAUCUGCUGCAGUGGCAAGUGACUAUGAUGCUGAUUCCAGUGCAUCAACAGUUCAUCUGUCACCACCUUCAAGAUCAAGCACCCCACAGCAAGAAAAUGACAGCAUUGAUGAAGCAUCCGACGGUCCAGACAACAGCCUUGACAGCCAGAAAACACAGGCACGACAUUACAGGACUCUACAAGAAAUGUACAAAGCAAAGAAGCCAAACAAAGCUGCUGUAACUCAUCUAUUAGACCUGGAGUUCCAGUCCAGAAGAAAUUUCAUUGACUCAAAUGCUUUGAAGGAGCAAGACCGACCCACAAAAAUUUUACAGGCAUACCCGUGCUUCAAAGAACUGGACCAUGUAAUGGAUGAACUGCGGAGAGUCAUUGAGCCAAACAAUAGCCAAUACACUUCUGAGGUGAAAGGCAGGUGGGAGAACUUCUACUCCAAGGUUCAGUUUUAUGGCGUCAUGAAGAAAGUCAUGAAGCCUCCAAGGACAUUAAAUGGAGUUGAACAUGCCAUUGCAGUUUUUACUGCCCUGCCACUGCUCUUCCCAUCUGGCUCUGCAGCACCCAAGAAACUGGUCCCAAUCAGUGAGGCUCUUUUCCACGUCCUCACGCCCUCUGAGGAUCCUGAUACCUACAUCCACGGGCGUGUGCUUUCUAGUCCUGUCUUGCUGAUUGGUGAGCAGAACUGCAUUGUGGUUGUAGGUACAACUCCAGUUGUAACUUUUGAGAAAGAUUUGCUCUACGAGGGACCUCUCUACCUCCUGGCCUAUUACUAUGCAUUUCACCUGACAUAUCCCAAGUGUAUUGCCACACUCUUGUCUGUGUUACAAACACAAGUACUUGGAGAUGUCAUCCACGAGCAGGAUGCAACCUCCUCGUACAAGAAGGCCAUUCAUGAAUGGAAAAUGUUUGUUGAGUAAUUUCUUUUCUAACAUGUUGUAUGGCUAAGGCAGUGAGA